AUGCACAGAAAGAAGAGAGAGGAGAAAAUCUCAGAGCUUAUAAAGUCACUGCCAAUAGACUAUAAGAAGUUUGAGGAGCUACUAAAGAACAAUGCGCGCAGAGAUCUUGAGGUAAAGAUAUAUGGAAACAAGCUUGGAGGGACAGAAAAACAGAUAAUGCGUGUGAUUAGAAAGCUAGGAAUAAAAAUAAGAAUAAAAGAGCCAAAUGGCGAAAAUCGGCGCAUGGUAGUAAAGCUGCAUAAUCACAUGCGGUUUGUGAUACUAGACAUCAUGGCCUAA